UUCGAAAUAAAGCCAGGAAGCUCUGUCAGGCUAUUCUGUGUCGACCAGAGUGAGGCUCUCUAUCAGUUUGCAUUUAUACGUGAUACAAGCCAGUACAGCACCAAGAAGUUGCUUUGAAAAAUGGCGAAAAGAUUGGCUGUUUGUCUAACAUUGGUUGGACUACUCUUGCCGGCCGUGCUGGCGAAGGACUUCCGCUGCACGCUGGAGCUUGAUCGUAGCUGCAGCAUAAUCGGAGCAAAACUGGCCGCAAAUGAGGACGCAACCAUCAUCUCACCGAAUCCCUCCACACUGAAGAAGCUACAGUUUACCGGUUCCAACCUGGCCUCGUUGCCAUCCAACCUAUUCACCACCUUCCCGAAGCUCGAAAUCCUCAACGCAUCCGGUACGGACCUCAAACAGUUCCCCUCGAACUCGCUGGCCUCAGCCAAAGCACUCCAGGAGCUCCAUCUGAGGGGAAAUCGCAUUCACAACCUGCCGCAGGAUGCCUUUUUCGGUGCCAAUCGGUUGACGACGCUCGAUCUCUCGGAUAACGAUAUUAGCGCGAUCGAGGGAAGUGCAUUCAGGAGAUUGCGCGACCUGAAAACGCUCCUUCUCAGUGGUAAUCAGAUUGUGCAGCUAUCCGAUGAAGUGUUCCGUGAUUUAACCGAACUGGAAGAGCUGGAACUACAGGGUAACCGACUCGCUUCGCUCGGUGACUCCGUGCUCGCUGGUUGCACCUCACUCCGGAAGCUCAACCUUUCCCGCAACGCACUGAAAGCGGUCCAGCUGGAGCAGUUCGAACGUCGCUGGACGUUCGAUGUGAUCGAUCUGAGCGGUAAUGCACUGCAAACGGUCAUGAUUCCGUCCAACUUGCGUGAGCUUGUGGCCACCGGUAAUGGGAUCCGGUCGGUGCAGUUAAAUGGUGUCAGCUCGGAGUUGAUUCUACUGAAGAUGCCCCACAACAAGCUGGACAGUAUGGACCGGCUACCGACGCUGGAGAAGCUGAUCAGUCUCGAUCUUGCGCACAACCAGAUCCGUCAGUUCGAUCUACAAUCGGUAGCGCGCUUCGGGAAGCUCGUCCUCUUGAAGCUGAACGGUAAUCAGCUAGAGUCGGUGGCCAAUGGAUUGCAGGGUCCCGUCACUCACCUCAAGUAUCUGCAUUUGGCUGACAAUCGGCUGAAGCAACUGGAUCUGAAUGCUGCGCUUGGUACAGUUCCACGACUGAUCACGCUCGAUUUGAGUGGUAAUCAGCUUGAGCGGGUUUCGGUGAAUGAUCUGAGUAGUUCCUUCCCGGUUUUGGUGCGUCUGAAGCUGCAAGGAAAUGGGUUGCAGUGUGAGGCUAAUCGGCCGUUCCUUAAGGAACUGAAGCACUCGGUCACGGCGUACGUACUGACGCUGAACGAUUGUCGCAAGGGGCAGCAGCUGAUCGAUGGUUUGUGUUGUCAGUAAGGGUGUGUGCCAGUGGGUAGACCUUGCGCACGUCUUAUCACUGACAGGCGGCCUCGUAGAAGUAAUAAAAUCAAAUGU